AUGUCAGAACGCAUCAUACAGCCGCAUGAGAUUCGCCAAGGACACGACUCUGAGCAGUUGAAUCAGGUCUCGUCUCCAGGGCAGGCUCAGUCUAGACUGGAAUGCCUCCCCGUGGAGCUCCUCCAGAAGAUCUUCCUAUACAGUCUUGAGUUCAGUCUUCCGAGAGCGUCAAUUUACCUCGCUAGGGCUCUAUCAAAUCCGACGCUCUAUACCUGGCUCAUUCGCCUAUCCUUCAGUAGCUCCAAUGAGAGCUCCAAGAAUGGCUUUUUUACAACGGAGUUCCUCCCUCCGCCACUAGACUUCUUCGCGCUAUCCACAGAAGAACGAAGCGAUCUUCAAAGCGCAAUUCUCGCAUGUCGCUGGUGCACACUAGAGCUUAUGCGCAAAUGCCAGAGAGAAUAUAUCGAACACGCGGUCCGUCUCAAGUGUCACGGCCUAGUGUUUGCCCCUGAAGACCGCGACAGCAUCGCCAAGAUCGGGGAGCACUUCCACGACCUCAGCCGCUACGAUCAGGGCCACCGAGGUCGCCUAGGAAAAGGCGACCUAGUUUUCAGGGCGCAAGAUCCAGAAACCAAUGCGGAGUACAGAAUCGCAGUGUGGUUCAAUUUUGGCGCCUUUCAGAUUCGCAGACCGAAUCCGUUUCAUACAGAGCUCGAUCUCUUUCGGCUGCCCUGUUGUGCGGGCGAUACUCCCGCACGCAUGCCAAGCAAAUUGCUUUGUAGUCCAUGGACGGAGGCGAAGUUAGAGUUCCUUAAAUUGCUUUGUACGGAGGUAUACAUCGAUGACGACGAGGAGUUUGAGCGUUCUGGGCGCCUGCUUCGCCAGGUAAUCCGGAGCCGCGAUUACGGUACUUUCAAGGUCCUGGUGGAACUCUUCAUUCGGAUCCGGAUAUAUAAGUAUCCCCGCCGCUGGCCUAUACAACGGUCUCAUUUCAAGGCAGCUUUGAAGUACGCGGACUCUCCAAACGAUCCGUUUCUGAACUUUCUGAUUCGGGAACGAUGGGACGAUUUACCUUCAUCUGAUACAAAGCUCAAGGUUGAGGUGCUAGCGAAAGGAGGACUAUGUUCUCCGGCAUGA